UGGUACUACUUAUGUACUAGUAGUGUGUGCCUAUAAAAUCCGUGCCGAGGAAUUCUCUUGGUCCUCACAGAUACUAUCUCGCUCAGCUUUCUUCUCCAAGGGAUGAUUUUCAGUAGGUUAUCUCAAUUGUGUGAAUGUUUAUCUGAAUUCCAAGUUGCUACAAGAUGGUUUAGUGCUGCCAAGCUGCAUGCCAUCUGAACUGAAGACUAUCAGGCUUCUGAACAAGUUCCUGAUACUGGGGUUUGCUUAUCCAGAAUAUAUCAAAAAUGUCAUUCUCAGUGAAUAUUAUAUGUAUAUUCAGGGGCGACUGCUUCUUCCGAUGCCACUAGCGAAGUGAUAAUUUUCAGUAGUGUGAAUGUUCUUCUGAAUUCCAAGUUGGCACCAAAUGGUUUAUCGCUCCCAAGCUACAUACUACCUGAAUUGAAGAGUACAACUUCUGAUCAAGUCGCUGACAGGGGUGUGCUUAUCCAGGGUAGAUAAGAAAUGCCUUUCUCAGCGAGUAAUCAUGGAGCGCCUGCAAUGAUAGGGGCACCCUUGUAUAAGGUUGCUCCUGUGACAAAGAUUUUAGUGGAGCCAUCCAAGGCAUUAAAGUCUCCUUUCUUGGUGAAACGGCAAUCACUUUGUAGACCAGAUGCAAAAAUACUGGAGGAUUUAUAUCAUGCUACUACCAGUAAUACAUCACCUAUAUGGCAGCGGGAUGAAGAUAUUCAGAAAUUAGUGAAGGUUAAAGAAAGCAUGGACAGCACUUGGUUAAAUUUUGUUGUUAGCAACAUGAGGAGACAGGAUGCUCACGAUUUUAGGAAUACCAAGUGUCUGGGUUGGAGGCACUAUGUUGAUUCAGAAUGGACGGAACAAUCAUUCAGUGCAUCUCCAGAUCCCGUGGAUCUAAAAAAUCUAUUUUAUCGUGGAUCAAUUCUGUAUAAUGCUUCACAAUCACAUAUGGUAUUCAUCCCAGUCUUUCAUGACCAACAUAAUCAAUGGACUUUGUACGCUUUCAACAUGUGUGAUCAGAAGCUCAGUAUUCUGGAUUCUCUACAAGAUAAUAUCGAAGAUGUUACUGACCCUGCAGAGCGUCACCAGAAAACAAGAUGCAAUGUUUGCGAUGCACUUACCAUAACCAUGAACUUUGCAAUUGAUUUCCGUAGCUGGGAGUACCAGUUUCCCAGAGUACCUAAACAACAGGACAACUGUGAUAGUGGAUUUUUCGUAUUCAAUUUCAUGCGUUUGUGGGACGGCUAUCAACUUGUUCGAUGGUUUCCGACUGAAUCAAGGGAGCUGCGGAAGGAUUUUCUAGCAUAUAUACUCUCUUGCAAGGAUAACAAUGUAUAUCUGCUCAAUGAAGUUUCUUUGAAGAUUAAAGAACUUCCUGGAGAGAUGAUGGAUUGCAUAUUGCAAGAGGUUGGGAGGGAUGAUGCUAGACUUAGUACUGGAAAUCAGGGAGAGCAUGGCGGUGUUGGUCCAUCAAAUAAUGCACCAUCUGAUCAUGCAAUUAACAUUGUCGCAGAGCCAGAGGUAUCUACAGAAAACUCCAUAACGCUAGAUAAUGCUCAUUCGAGUUCCAGUAGAGAAGCGUCUGCAGUGUCGAGUGCUCCUGAUCCUACAUUAGCAUCCUCCGAUUUUCUCAGUACAUGGCAGCGAGUCACCUCUGAUGGGGACGGGUUGCUCCAUAUUGCUGCAAGGUUUGAAAAUUAUAAACUAGUGAAUGACAUCUUGUUGAACCAUAAAGACCUAGCAAAGGUGCUCUUGUUAGCAGUGAAUAACAGAGGAGAGACACCACUCCACUGUGCGGCUGCUGGAGGGAGUGAGAAAAUGGUGACACUUUUUUUGGGGUAUGAGUCUGAAAGGGAUACAGAUGAAGUUAUUGCCAAGCUUAUGAGGGCCCAAAAUCUCAAAGGAGAGACAUGCUUACACGAGGCAGUGCGCCAUGGAAAUGAAGACAUUGUAAACAUACUGAUUUUAAAGGCCCCCCUAGUGGUGCAGAUGGUGGACAAUGAGAGUGUAUCUCCACUAUAUUUGGCUACCACUUUACGAAGGACUAAGAUCGUUUCUAUCCUCACAGAAAGGCCAUACAAUGCGGCAUCCUGUGCAGGCCCUGCAGGAAAAACAGCAUUGCACGCUGCCGUGGUUCUCCUAGACAAAGGGCUGAUUAAGACUCUCUUGGAUUGGAAUGCAAGUCUUACAUCACAGAGAGAUGAAUCUGGGAGCACCCCUCUGCAUUUUUUGGCAUCACUCUACUUGAAACGUAGGGAAAAUAACAUUUUGGAAUUCUUCUGCAUGUUUCUGGGUAAAGACCCACUUUUUUUGGCAGACUCAGGUAUCGUAGAACUUAUUAUGGAUAAAGACCCACUUUCUCCCCUGUACGCGGACUCUACAGGAUCACUCCCCAUACACAUCGCUGCUGCACAUGGUAGACUCCUUACAGUAAUAAAGUUGCUUAAAGAGUGUCCGUACUGCGACUCAUCACGCAAUGCUUCCGGCCAGACAUUUCUUCAUGUUGCAGUCGAGAAGAAAAAGCCUGAGAUAGUACGUUAUGUUUGUAAACAAAAGAAAAUUAAAAGAAUUCUAAACGCGAUGGAUCAAAAUGGGAAUACAGCCCUUCAUCUGGCCGUACUUAAUGCAAGUGAGGAUGUGGUAAAUAAUUCUCAUGAGGCUGCCGUAAAUAAUGCAAGUGAGAAAAUUUUCUGCACUUUAAUGCGGAACAGUGAUGUUGACCUCAAUUUUGCUAACAAGGAGGGGCACACACCUCUUGAUCUGGCAUUCUUGAGCCUUCACCCAAAAGUGAUCUCCAUGAAGGGGCUUCGGGAAUGGAUAUUUUUUGACUUGUUACACGGAAAAGGUGAUUUUGGUGUCUGUAGUUGGGACCGCCUGGCUGGAAAUGUCGUUGAACCAGACUGGGAGAAGGAAUCGGAAAGAGUGGGAAAGUCAGCGUCUAUGCUGGCCGUGUGCGCCGUACUUAUUCUGAAUGCAGCACUCUUGGCGCCCUUCAACGUGCUCAAGCAGAUGGACACAAGCACGACCUUUAAUGUGUUUGCUUUCCAGACAUUUGUGGUUUCCGACUCCAUCGCGUUUGUUUGCUCUGUAGCGGCCACGUUUUUCUGUGCGCGUGCUGGUUUUGCCAUGUCAAAUGGGUGGGCGCGCCUGAAAAACCUGAUUACUGGGACAUUUGCCCUUGGUAUUGCAGCCCUGGCGUUGAUCAUCACUGUGGCUCUAGCACUCUUCCUUGUGUUACCUGGGGGUACUGGGUUUACGCCCAUUAUUAUUGCAGGCGCGGUUUUUUUUCUCCACAUGUUCUUGAGCUUCGUGGGAUCCUGGAUGAAAUCCACCUAUGGUCAUCUGAGAGCUAUAUGGGCCCGAGCUGGUACUCUACGACUGAUCUGCAUCCUGCUGUUUCAGCGCAGUGCUAUACUGCCAGUGUGGGUAGUUCCUUCGGGAUCGACUAGUUUGAUAUGGUCAGUAGCAUUUGUUGUCGCUACAUUUGGCAUAACAAUCUCGGUUAACAAAUUUGGUGGUGGGCCGUAAUUAUGUGUUAAGAUUUCCCCCUCAUUGUUGGUAUAAUCUCUUUCCCAGUCAACUUAUCAAUAAUGAAUACUGAAACGUUGGUACAUCUUGA